CCACCUUUUCCAGCUCCAUCAAAGGGCUGGGUCAGACGACUUUGAGAAGGCGAAGGAGACGGAAGCAGACGGCAAAGUAGCUUCAGUCACGGCCCGCACAUCAACCUGCUUUCGACAGUGUCCGCCAGUUUGUUUCAAUUUACAAGGAGGCUUUGCCCUGCUGUGAAACAGGAGUCGACACUGGCACUCAUUGGCAUCUGACAGUUGAAGGGGGAAAAUCUAGUCACGACAAGGUAAUUGGCUGACAACAUCUGGAGGUCCACAAUGCUUCAGGAGUUGAGUUCGCAUGCCAUGGAUAUCUAUGACUACCUCUUGGCGGGAGUUGACCCGCGACUGAAGAGCUAUCCACUGAUGCAGAGUCCUGUUCCCAUGACAGUAAUAUUGCUGUGCUACCUUUUCUUUGUACUGUACCUUGGGCCUUGCAUAAUGGCUAAUCGCAAGCCCUUCCAGCUAAAGGAAGCCAUGAUUUUCUACAACUUUGCCCUAGUGGCAUUGUCAACAGUCAUUGUUUAUGAGUUCUUGAUGUCUGGCUGGGUUACAACAUAUACCUGGCGAUGUGAUCCAAUUGAUACGUCUGACAGCCCUGAAGCGCUACGAAUGGUCCGUGUGGCUUGGCUGUUCUGGUUCUCCAAAAUUAUUGAACUUAUGGAUACAAUCUUCUUUGUGUUGAGAAAGAAGCACGGUCAGGUCACCUUCCUGCACAUCUUCCACCACUCUUUCAUGCCUUGGACUUGGUGGUGGGGAGUUAGCUAUGCUCCUGGUGGAAUGGGCUCUUUUCAUGCCAUGGUGAAUUCCACUGUCCACAUCAUCAUGUACUUUUACUAUGGCCUCUCUGCUGCUGGACCACGCUUCCAGAAGUUCCUCUGGUGGAAGAAAUACAUGACUGCCAUUCAGCUGAUCCAGUUUGUCUUGGUAUCUCUUCACGUUACCCAGUAUUAUUUCAUGGACAGCUGCGACUACCAGUUCCCCCUCAUCAUCCACCUCGUCUGGAUAUAUGGAACCUUCUUCUUCGUGCUCUUCUCCAAUUUCUGGAUCCAGGCUUACGUGAAGGGUAAGCGGUUGCCAAAGCAGGACAUUAAGCAAAGCCUGAAUGGCACCGCGGUGCACACCAAUGGCAGGCAUCAAGAGAAUGGCACCAGCAUUGGUAUCAACCACGGAGCCAGCAAUGGAUCCAGCAACGGCUGUGUUCACCACGAGAACAGCAGCAAAAUGAAGAAAGCAUAGAAAAGGAAACACCCAAGAUGCAUGACAGUGUGAGCCUGCAUAAAUAACUAUGGAUUCCAAAGAUUAUUUUGGCUGUGUUUCUUUAUCAGUUUUUUAGUUAUGCAAAAAACAUGGGGAAAUGACGUCACUGAUAUUGGAAUGUGGGACACCAACUGUGGUUGUUUCGUUUGUUUCUUUUGCAUUGGGAAAUCAUCUAUGGGACAUGAUAUAUGAAGAGAAGAUGUUUUGAUAUGUUAUCUUCACUGAUGUUGCAAACAACCUCAUAGUUCUGUAUUCCUAGGGUCACAUGCCUUUGUGAGUACACACCCCACUUACCUGACCCCCAUGUCGUCCUGGCCCCCUGUGGCCAGCUGACUGUAGAUUCUAUCAAACUUGAAUAUGACUUGUAAAUAGUUUUUACCACAAAAAACUAAUUGUAUUGGUAUGCUUUAGACUUUCUAAAUUUUGUUAUAUUGUACUUAAAAUUAAAAUGCCAAUAAAAUCAGUUUUAAAGUAUCUUA